AUGACCAAGGCCGCAGGCGAUAUCUCCAGUGUCUUUCCGAGUCUGAGACCGGAUUAUAAGCCGGAACCACUGCCGUCGCGGUUCAAAGAUCUGAAGCUACGAUACUUUCAGGAGAAUGAAGAAGCAUUGAAGCAGAGCUGGAAGAGACUCCUUCCCAGCCUGGAGGAGGAGGUACACAAGAUCAAGUCCAAGGGCAGCGAUAUCAUCCCUUCAGUGAAAUACUCCGACGUGGUAAAUGGCACGGUGCCAAACCAUCUCCUUGCGGAGAUCCGCCACCGGGGAUCUGUAGUGAUCAGGAACGUGUUGCCUCGCGAGAAGGCCCUGGAAUGGAAGGAAAGAAUCAAGGACUACGCUGCUGCCAACGAAGAGCGCGUGAAAGCCUUCCCCCCGGAAUCCCCGGCUGUCUAUGAGCUGUACUGGACUCCAUCACAGGCAGAGGCGCGAGCACAUCCGAAUAUGCUCGAUACACAGCGCUUCCUACAACGUCUGUGGCAUUCGUCUGAUCCCAGGACGCCCAUCUCCACCAGAAACGUCUUGACCUACGCAGACCGACUGCGCAUUCGACAACCCGGCGACGCCAAGUUCACCCUUGGCCCUCAUGUCGACGGUGGCUCACUCGAGCGGUGGGAGGAUCCCGAGUACUCCAAGGUCUACACGAAGAUCCUGGAGGGUAACUGGGAAGAUUAUGAUCCAUGGGACGCCAAGCACCGUGUAUCAGCCAAAAUGGACUUGUACAACGGAGCCGGUGCUUGCUCGAUGUUGCGGUUCUUCCAGGGAUGGCUAUCCAUGUCCAACACAGCUCCCGGAGAAGGCUCAUUGCAUGUUUGCCCCAUGAUCACCCACAGCACAGCAUACACCAUCCUGCGACCCUUCUUCGACCCCGAAACCCUGCAACCUGCACUGGACAACACUUUCCCGGGCUCCGUACCCGGUGCCUGCCAAGAGUACAACCCGAUCACUCACCCUCACCUGGAACUCGAAGCCACCAUGGUGUCCGUCCCCGAGGUGGAACCGGGUGACUACGUCGCCUGGCAUUGCGAUUCACUGCACUCGGUCGACAAGGAACAUCGCGGCAAGGGUGACUCCAGUGUUCUUUACAUUCCUGCCACGCCGAUGUGCGAUAUGAAUGUGGAGUACCUGCUCAAGCAGCGACAGGCUGCGCUUGCUUACUCCCCGCCCUGGGAUUUCCCCGGUGCCGGCGGUCCUGGGGAGAUCGGAUUCCAAGGAGCCUUGGACUGGAACUCGAUCGAUGCGGACGGUCUGCGUGCCAUGGGCAUGGGUAACCAGCCCUGGGAGAUUACCGCCGAUAUGAGUGAGGGCGAAAAAGCGGUUGUCGAAGCUGCCAACAAGGCAUGCUUCGGUCAAGCUUGA